UCAAAACAUGAUAAGGUAAGUCCAAAACAAGUUCUUUCACGAUAAGGUGCAGACUGUGAACUGCAAAAGAAAGGAAGUGAAAAAGAAAAUGGCAUUAAUUCAACUACAAUACUCCAUUUUAAAGUAUAACAAACAGCUCCAAAUUCCAUCUUUUUCUACUGCCUCUCAACGCUCAACAAUUCUUAGAAUUAAUGCAGUUUCCGUCAACGGACAACAACUAAUACAAUCAGGUAAAGUCCGUCCCAUAUUACCAAAAGAAGCAGCUGCAGCCAUUGAAGAUGAAGGUUAUAUUUUGCUUGACAUUAGGCCAGAAUGGGAAAGAGCUAAAGCAUGUGUUUCAGGUUCGUUACACGUGCCACUUUUUGUAAAGGACAUGGAUAAUAGUCCCAUUACUUUGUUGAAGAAAUGGGUUCAUUUUGGUUAUAUUGGGGCUUGGACUGGCCAGAAUUUUACAGUGAUUAACGAUGAUUUUGUUAAGCAAGUUGAACAGCAAAUUCCUGAUAAGGAUAAUGCUAAGGUCCUUGUGGCUUGUGGGGAAGGACUCAGGUCAUUGAUGGCUAUUUCAAAGUUACAUAAGGGAGAAUACAAGAAUUUGGCGUGGUUAGUUGGUGGAUUUACUCGUGCUUCUGAUAGCGAUUUUCCAGCAGUAGAAGGCCCUGAAAAGUUACAAUAUGCUACCAUAGGAGGUGUGUCAUAUUACUUACUUCAAUUGCUUGUAUUGCUUAAAGUUGUGGGGAAGGAAAGUUGACAUAAUUUCCCAUGAUGGUGUGUAUUAUGAUAAUAAUUAAGCAGCUGAAAGUUAGACUAUGUGAAUUGAAGUGUUCCUCAUUUUGUUUUUGCCUUCUUUUUGCUUAAUAACAAAAGAUUGCUGGUGCUCCAAA